CUAUGCCUUUUCUCUCUGAUUUUGAUCAUUUCUCUCUAACGUUUUGCUGUGAUUUGCAGUAUUUUAGUGAUGGAACUAAUCGGUUAUAUAGUCCCUAGAAUAGAAUUUCCGAUUGCCUGUUUCCCCAUGAACGCAGCAGGGUUGACUUUGCCUUGAUGAUGCCAUCAACACCGUACAGCUGAGUGCCAACGUUUCAUCAGCAGCAAUGUCUACCUAUGUCCUGGGUGUAGAUGUGGGCACCACGUCGGUAAAAACCGUUUUAUUUGAAACUGGCUCCAGAUCGGUGGCUGCGAGUCACGCUUUGCCUACUACGUCUGAUAUAAUCGAUCAUAACUUGAUAAAGGCGAAAGAGCAGGAAAGUGGCCGGAUCAUAGACACUCUGAACCGGUGCCUCGGCCUGCUGCCCAGAGACAAACUGCAGCAUGUCAUCCGCAUCGGGCUGUCCGGACAGAUGCACGGAGUUUUAUUCUGGAAAGCAAAGAGCGGUUCUGAUUGGUCCAAGAGGGAUUUCUUCACAACCACAGACACCAGUCAGCUGGUCACCUGGCAGGAUGGGCGCUGCAGCAGUCACUUCCUGUCCUCACUUCCAAAACCACAUUCACACAUCAGCGUGGCCACUGGGUUUGGCUGCGCAACAAUCUUCUGGUACAUGAGACACAGGCCUGAGUUCCUGGAGGACUUCACAGUCGCAGGUACCAUCCAGGACUAUGUGGUUUCCAUGCUGUGUGGUUUGGAUGGGUGUGUGAUGACGCCACAGAAUGCAGCCAGCUGGGGCUUCUUCAACACCUCCUCCAACCAGUGGAACAUAGACAUUCUGAAGGGUGCCGGCUUCCCUUUGCACCUGCUUCCUCAGUGUGUGCCAUCUGGUGGCUUGGCGGGACAGACGUGCUCUGACUGGCAUGGUAUCCCUGCUGGUACGCCAGUAGGGGCCGCCCUGGGAGACUUCCAGAGCUCCGUCUACUCCUGCAUGAGUGCGCAAACAGAUGCAGUUCUUAACAUAAGCACUUCAGCCCAGCUGACCUUCGCCAUGCCAGCUGACUUCAGACCUCCAGAUUCUCCUCAGCCUGCCUCCUCCAUCUCCUACUUCCCCUACUUUGAGGACUCGUACUUAGCGGUGGCGGCUUCACUCAAUGGAGGGAAUGCACUGGCCACUUUUGUGGAGAUGCUCACUUCCUGGAUGAAAGAGCUCGGUGCGGAGAUGAGUGAUUCCUGCUUAUAUGAGAAGCUGAUUCAUAGCGCCCUGAAUCAGGAAACGAGCGACCUGAGGGUGAGUCCCACUAUCCUGGGAGAGAGGCACGACCCUCUCUGCCUGGGUCAGGUGACCAACAUCUCCACUACCAAUCUCUCUCUGGGUCAUUUGACCAGGGCACUGUGCCGCGGAAUCCUGGACAACAUCACGUCCAUGAUGCCUGCUGAACGUCUGCAGCAGGCGGGGGUCCGCAGGAUUGUGGGCAGUGGGAGCGCCAUCGCCCGCAAUGAGGUGCUAAGGCAGGAGGUGGAGAAGGCGUUUGCUCAGCCGGUGGUAUACGGACAAAACGCGGACUCUGCUGUCGGCGUGGCCAUGGUCCUCUGCGACCUUCUGUGAAAGUAAUCCACGGGGGAAAUCCCUGUCAGUUUACACCAUUAAUUGAGAAUUUUUGCACAUCGGAGUACCUUAUCGAAUGGCAUCGCUUUGUUUAGGAAAAGAACAAUCAGAAAUGCUACAACAUGUUUUGCUCUCUGUAACUAAAAGCAAAUGAUGUGUUUGCCAGGACGGGAAUCAACAGACUUGUGUAAAGUGUAUUUGUUUUCAGAUAACCUGAUACUACAAUAAGAGCAUAAUUUAUAGCAUAACACAGAGGUGCCAUUUUGCAAAGAUGCUCAUCAUUUAUACACUUUUUGAUAAAUGAUGAUUUAUUUAAAAUAUUUUUUUCCACUGACGGCAACCAUAUUAGAGCGAUAUAUAGUGCAACAACACAAUUUGCUCUAAAGGACUUAAAAGCAAAAAAAACCCAUCCUGCUAUCGUUUAGCUUUACAGCUGUUGGUUUCUGCACCAAGAGUUGAAUGCGACAAGUUCAUGCUCUUUCCCUGCGUUGCUGAAAGGCAUCAUAUAAAAUCCAUGAAGUAGAUUGAAAUCACAGCGCUGCUGGAAUGCUUUGAAGACCACAGAUUAAAGAUCACAGACUUAUUAUACAUACUGUGACAGGAUCAGGGCGCUUCUUUAAAUAAAUCCCACAGCUACUGCAUGGUUCAUCAGUAAGGCCAGUGAGAUGAGGUGUAGCAACUAUUAACAUGUUAGCAUUCAAGCAGAAAAUAGGCUAUCAAGGAAAUGCCUUUUUAAAACUUUCUUUCACUUCCGUCUGUCUCAGGGUUUCUAUGUCGUUGCAUGCAAGGAGCUGAUAUUCUUUUAACUUCCAUUUAGGCCUAUCUCAUUGAGUCUAAGAAGAUGUAGUAUUCAAAAGUCCCCACAUUAGCCUGAGCCUAGGAUGGAGUAAGACACUGACACUGUCAGGGGUCCUGUGUGUAAUGAAAAGAAAACUUAAAGCUUUAGUGCGUACGUUUUUUUAUAUUAGUGAACAACUGUUACAUUCAAGCCAUUGCCAAAUGAGUUGCUACAAAGCUGAUUAAGACUAUCAGCUCCACACAACUCUCUCU